AGUAAAUUGGCAGUUUUCUCCUUAUUAUUUUUAUUUUCCCUAUUGUUAUCCUUUCGAUUGGAUGAAACGAUUGAAUGGAGCUAUUGGGUAGUAUUUUUCCCUCUAUGGCUAUGGAAAACUCUCGCCAUUGUAGGCGCUAUGACCGGGAUUGCUGUCUGGUGCAAGCAGCCUAAUCAUAGCGCGGAAGAUCGAGUACUAUUCAAGUCUAUGCUAAUAUCAUUCUUCUUUAUAAUGGACCUCUUUGCAUUUGAAUUAAUGCUGUGUGCUAAUUUAUCUGGAGCUGAAAUUCCAUUUCGAAUUGUAUUCAUACCACUAUUUUUAAUCUCGCCUCUUGGAAUUCUGGCUUGUAUAUGGGCAUUUCGCAACGAAAGAUCAAUAGAAUUUGAAACCUUGGUUGUCAUCAACAUUUUACAGUACAUAUUCCUAGCUUUGCAAUUGGAUGGGAUCAUCGAUUGGCAUUGGGUGCAUGUCUUCAUUCCUCUUUGGAUAGUUCUGGGCAUGUUUGGGCUUGUUAUCAUCUAUUACAUCAUAUGGUCUAUCAUAUAUUUACGGUCAGGAAGCAUGGGCGAUGAGCAAAGAAAAUACUAUGUCUACUCUUCCAUGUUAGCUACUGUGGCUUGGGCUUCGCUGCUAGCGUUCCAGAUUCUAUUAAGUGGACGCCUCGAUAAACGGAAUAAAUUUUAUUUUUCGGCUGUUUUGGCCCCCUUGAAUAUUACAUUGCUUACCAUAGUUUUUUCGUCAUUUGGUCAGAAAGGAGGCAAUCCUUGGUGGUUUGGUUUAAAAGAAAAUCCUUGGGAAAUCUUACUAAAUAAGUGUCCAUGUCUUCAAGAGUACGGUAACGUUAAGUUUACCUUAGGAUGGAGAACUUCUAGAGAGGAACAAAGCGAUGAUAGACCACAAAGGCAGAAAAAGCAGCAAAAAGAGAACUUAAGCAGUAUCGGAAAGUGUGUUGUUGCGGAAGUUAAACUAGACAUGCCGGACUGA